AUGAUCUCCAAUCGCAAAGGCCGCUCUCUAUCAACAACAGUAUUCCUCCUCAUCGCCGCAUAUUUCUUUCUAGUCUGGUUACCGCUUAGUCGACUUCAUGCCUGGCAGCAUAAGCACCCGAGACCAGCUCCCAUACAGCUAAAUACUCUUGUUGCGCAAGACACAAUCCACUUAAACUCAGCUACUGAGAGGUACCCCAUCACCUCAUACAUUCCUUUACCGACAUCGCCAUCUUCAAUUCCCAAAAUUCAACAUGACUUUCCACCAGAGUCUAGAGCCGAGCGCAAGGCAAGAGUCAAGAAACAAAAGGUCAUAAAGGAGGCUUUCAUGCACUCAUGGAACGGCUACAAAGACCAUGCCUGGAUGCGAGACGAGGUCUCACCCCAGACCGGGGGUUAUCAGGACUCGUUCAGCGGGUGGGGUGCUACCCUGGUGGAUUCUCUAGACGCACUGAUCAUUAUGGGCCUGGACGAUGAACUCGAUUUGGCCCUGGACGCUUUAGAUCAAAUCGACUUCACGACCACCCGCAGCAAGGAGGUGAAUGUCUUCGAAAUUAUUAUCAGAUAUAUGGGCGGCUUCUUGGCUGCUCACGAUCUGAGUAAUGGCAAGCACCCAAUUCUACUCAAGAAAGCUGAGGAGUUGGGUGAUAUGAUUUUCAAUGCGUUUGACACGCAUAAUCGGAUGCCCCAAAUGCGGUGGGACUGGUCCAAAUCUGCCCAAGGCGAAGAAAUCGAGCCGUCUACCCAUACAAGUCUGGCGGAGCUGGGUUCUCUGACCGUGGAAUUCACUCGUUUGUCCCAAAUAACCGGAAACCCAAAAUACUUCGAUGCCGUUCAACGGAUCACAAAUGAGCUAGAAAGAGGCCAAUCAAAGACCCGGAUCCCCGGGCUGUGGCCAGUAUACGUCAAUGCAAAGGAUCUGACAUUCGACUGGACCCAGUUUUCGCUCGGCGGCUCUGCCGAUUCAACAUACGAGUACCUGCCCAAGGAGCACAUCCUGCUUGGCGGACAGACAGACCAAUACCGCAACAUGUACGAAGAUGCUAUCGAGACUAUCAAGGAGAAGCUCCUCUUCCGUGCGAUGACCAAGGACGAGGACAGGCAAAUCCUUUUUACUUCAAAUGUUCGUGGGUUGAAGGGUGGAGCCCUCCACGGUGUUCAGUAUAUCCAAGACCACCUCAAGUGCUUCUUGGGUGGCACCGUUGGCUUAGCCUCGAAGAUCUUCAAUCGCACAGAAGAUAUUGCGAUUGCUCGGGGUCUUACGGACGGAUGUAUCUGGGCGUACGACUCUAUGCCAACGGGAAUCAUGCCCGAGACGCUGGAAGUCAGUCCCUGCAAGGAAAUUGAGAAAUGUCCUUGGGACGACGGUAAAUGGUACGAAGACGUUCUCGGCCAGCCAAUACAUUCGAGAGAACAUCUCGAGAGGGCGCAGAAACAAGUCGAGAUGGAAGGGCUUCCACCUGGAAUUGUCGGAAUCUCAGAUCCAACAUACAAGCUCAGACCUGAGGCUAUCGAGUCUAUCUUCAUCAUGUAUCGCAUCACGGGCGAUAAGUCGCUUCAGGACGCGGCGUGGCGCAUGUUCCAGAGCAUCGACAAGGUAACGCGCACAAAGUAUGGCCACUCAGCCAUCGAAGACGUGCGCAACCCCCUGCCGAAAAUGAGCGACAAGAUGGAGAGUUUCUGGCUUGCCGAGACGCUCAAGUAUCUGUACAUGAUCUUUUCCGAACCUAGCCUUGUCAGCUUGGAUGAAUAUGUUCUGAGUACCGAGGCUCAUCCGUUCAAGCGACCGUCUUGA